GAAACCUUGCCAUUUGCAACUACAUGGAUGGAGCUAGAGGGUGUUAUGCUAAGCAAAAUUAGAAAAAGACAGGAUUUUGGAAGACUAUUGCCCAGAAGAAAAGAUGUUUGGUUUUCACAAGCCAAAGAUGUACCGAAGUAUAGAGGGCUGCUGUAUUUGCAGAGCUAAGUCCUCCAGUUCUCGAUUCACUGACAGUAAACACUAUGAAAAGGACUUCCAGAGCUCUUUUGGGUCGCAUGAGACUGGUUCAGGAGACAUCUGUAAUGUCUGUGUCCUGCUUGUGAAAAGAUGGAAGAAAUUGCCAGCAGGAUCACAAAAAAACUGGAAUCAUGUGGUAGAUGCAAGGGCAGGACCCAGUCUGAAGACAACAUUGAAACCAAAGAAAGUGAAAACUUUAUCUGGAAACAUGAUAAAAAGCAACCAAAUCAGUAAACUACAGAAGGAAUUCAAACGUCACAAUUCUGAUGCUCACAGUACCACCUCAAGUGCCUCCCCAGCUCAGUCUCCUUGUUAUAGUAACCAGUCAGAUGAUGGCUCAGAUACAGAGAUGGCUUCUGGCUCUAACAGAACGCCAGUUUUUUCCUUUUUAGAUCUCACAUACUGGAAAAGACAGAAAAUACGUUGUGGGAUUAUCUAUAAAGGCCGUUUUGGAGAAGUUCUCAUUGACACACAUCUAUUCAAGCCUUGCUGCAACAAUAAGAAAGCAGCUGCUGAGAAGCUGGAGGAGCAGGGGCCAGAGCCUCUGCCCAUCUCCACUCAGGAGUGGUGACUGAGGUUUAGGUAGAAGGGGAACAAAAAAACGAUUUAAAUUUUGGAAAGAAAACAAAGCAACAAAACCCUCCUAUUUUAACUUGGAUACCUGCUAUUCUGCCAAAAGACACUUUCUAGAAUAGUUUUGAAUGGGUUGUUAUUUCUCCUCCAGUUCCACAAACUCUGAAGCCAGUGUCUAGCUUACUAAAAGAAAAAAAGUACACAUAAUAUUUAAGAUGCUGAGUAUUUCACAGGAAAGCU